UCUAACCGCGCAGACUCCUGGGAAAGCGCGACGUUCAAAUCUGUUUCCGGUUUCUGUCUGCUUCGACCGAUUAACAAGCCAGACAUGGAACGACAUCAAAUCAGUGAAACAAGGACUCCACGCAGCAAUGUCGUCGUCCAGAGGAGGAGAAAAAGCAAGAGCUACCGGCUGUCGUACCGCAGCGGCCUGGGUGCCGCCGACUCGCGCCUCGGCUGGUCUCCGGCAUUGACGGCACGGAGACUUAACACCAGCAGGAAAGCCGCACGGUUAAGCAACAUCGCCGAGAAGGUGGAUCCGGGGCAGCUGGCCUUGCUGGUGAAAACUGAGUGGCAGCUGUCGUACGUCACUCCUCUUCAUCAGUUCAGACACACCCAGCUGAAGAGCUACUCCCGGCAGCUCUCUGCGUUUAUCGCCGCCGGGAAGCAGCAGGGUUUGGCAGUGGAGGUGGAGGGGCUGCAGACGACCUUCAGGGUCUCCUUCUCUGUGGUGCAGGGGAUGACACAGUCGGACGAAGAUGCCGAGAGCGUCCUCAUACAGAUCCACUCAAAGCGGCUGUUUGCCAACCAGGACGAGCCACAGAAGCCAGUUUGGAGUGGCUGGCUGACCUGCGUCAACGGCAACCCCGACUACCUACACUCGCUUCCGAAGGGCUUUGUCUGCCUGCCGCUGUUCGGCUGCAGCGGGGCCGACGGUCUCUCCGCUUUGGUCAAGUCGUGGUUCCAGCAGUCCUUUGACUGCUGCUUUGGCCCCCUGGAGAUCAGCCACACUAGCCUGCAGUGGCUGAUGGCGUUGUGGACCAACUGCCACGCGGAGUCCGGCAUCCAGCACCUCAAAAUGAUCUGGACUGUUCCGGCCGCGCCACCGCUGCAGGUCACCUACACGGUCGACCCGGAGGAUGCCUGGGAGCUGUGGAGCAGCGUGAGAAAGGAGAAGGAGAAAAGGGGAGGCGGCGGCGGCGAGGAAGAGGCGGGGGAGAACUAUAUCGACAUUGAGGAGGUGACGAGGUUCAUGCAGGGGCUGAAGAGCCACUUCUACAGACACUUCAGGUUGGAUCUGUCAGCAGGAACCCUGAACCAGGUCUCCACAGCUCUGGGCUCAGCCAAGUACAGCGGCAGAAUGAAGAUCUCCAACAGCAGAUACAUGAUCACUACCCUGACACUACUAACGGAGUGCGCCCUCCUCAAAAUGCCCAUCUGAUUGAACGGAUACAGACUUUAAUGCCACCAGGGGAUACAAUAGCAGCAUUCAUUUACAGUUACUUCAAUUGGUUCUCGUUUUUUAUUAGAAAUAAAGCCAAACAUCAUGUUUAUCUUUUCACAACAUAGAGAAAUAUUUCCACAAUAUUCUCCAAUGAAAAGUUGUAUUCUGGCCUUUUUAUCUACUCUUAUUUUACCUUAAAGCAAGAAGUCCUGUGGCCAUAAUGAGUUGGGUUCCACCUUUUGUAAAUGCUAUCCCAUAUAUAUUUAUAUAUACUUGUCUAGUUGUAUAUUUUUGUAAUUUAUAGUUGUAAAUAAAAGCAAAAAAGAAUUUGACUGGCACAUGAAAACAUAAUUGUUUAAUACAAGCAGCUGUGGAUGAUGUCUGUAUUUGUGGCAAAAUUAAUUUGUGACUGGCUAAAAUGUAGACACUUAUGAAAAGGUGUUUUACUUAAAUUCUUAUCUGGCUCUUAAUGACUAUCAUUUAUUAAUCAUAAAUAAACAGCCGUUUGAUUUGUCCGAGCGGUUUUGUUUAUUUAAUAUAAAUAAAUUGCCAUAAUUAUGUAAUAUAAUGUUAGUACUUCCCUGCCCCCCCAAAAAGGAAAACGAGUUGAACAAAAUUUCAACUUUAUUUUAAAAGACAUCCAAAUUCAUACAAUUCAGACAACCAAAAUACAUGAAACUGAAGGAAUGAGGGGUAUACAAGCAUACAAAACAUCAACAGGGAAAAACAGGCUCUUCAAAGAAGAAAAAAACGACUAUGUAACAUUGUAUAUUGCACUGUUUUUUUUAAAAAGGCAGCAAUUUGUGAUGUAAUUAAGUGGACUCCAACAAGUGGCAGUCACAUCUACAUGAUGUGAAUAUACACGACUCUGCAGCAUCUGUUGCUUGAUAACCACACUGCAACUGCUAAA